UGUGUGUACUUUAACGUGCAAUUGUAUGUUGACUUGUUUGUGUUAUUUUUCUACAUGUAAGUAAAUGUCAAUACAUUCCUUCUGCGCAUUGAAAUUAAGUUUCAUAUCAAUGUGUCUCACCAAUGUUGGGAUGCUGUUGUCCUGGUAUUUGUACAUAUGAUAUUGAGAUCGAUAUAGUGAAUUAUCGAUCGGAUGAAGCGAUAUCGACCGAGGGCGUUUUUUCUAAUAUAUUAUAAUGCAAGUUAUACAUGAAAUAAACUGUAGAAAAUACAUUGGCAAAGUUAUUUUCUGUUGAAAUUUAAGAAUGGUAGUCUCCGUAAAAAGGCAGCAUCGCAAAAGUGCACUAAUCUAUCUCAAUACUACGGCACAGUCCCCUGAAUCUGUUGUUUCUAUUUCACAUUACAUUCGUCAUCCGCCGUGGGUCGGAGGUUACGUCCUACACUGUAAACCCAGAGGACGAAUUGUUUUAAAUCAAUGUUGUGGAAAUAGACAUAUAACCCUGUAUCUGCCGUUGUCUAUUCCCAAUAUGUGACCGAGAAAAAUGAGUUUGGACCAAUCACCAGUGUGGGCGGUGGGUGAUGCCUGUCUGUCUCCAUACUCUGGGGAUGGGCAGCUGUACCGGGGUAAGAUCACAAAGAUGAAGCGUUCCCCUGCAGGUGGGGUACUGGUCACAGUUCAGUACACAGGAUAUAGAGAGGAGGAGAGUGAGGAAGUCCAUGUUGAAGACCUCAAACUGCCAACAUCUUUAAGGAGGAAGGAUGAAAGGAGUAAGAAGAUGAGAGUGAAAGGCUCAUCAGGCGGCAUGUUCAGUCCCCUGCAGGAAGGUGAAAUCAGUGAGCAGCUGCGUCAGAGGUUUGAGACUCUGGACAGUGAUGAUGAGGACAGCCAGGUGUCUGUGAAGGCGGAGAGAUUGUCGGCUCUUGUGUACAGUGAGAAGCAGUCCACACCAGGCAAGAGUGGAAGGAGUGUCAACAAAAACAGGGGUGCAGAGAUUACAUCAGACACAUUUACUGGUAAAACCAACCUAAGGAACAAGAAAGGUCAUCAAAUGAAGUCAGAGUUGCAGUCGCCAAGUACUUGCAGGAGAAAACCUGCCUUAGAAGUACAGGGAGGCCAGGCAAAACACCCGGAACAGGAAUUGUUGAGUAGCCGGAAGGUGUCAGACAUUUCCUCCAUAUUGGACCAGCAGGCCGCUCAGAAGGCUCUCAGUCCUGACCGUGGGUGCGCAAGCAGGCACAAAAGUGGGGAUCAUGCUCAAUACAGGGGUGGGGCUGACAAUGAUUGGAACAGUGAGGAGGAGCUCAAUGGGUUUGGGGACCAUGACCUUGAAAAGCCGAGGUUCAGUUUCCAGCCUGAGGGAGCCCGGGUUCCACUGACCUUGUCAGAGGAGGGGGAGAGCCCCGUGGUACAGGUAUGUGAGACCAUGAACCAGUAUCUGCGAGAUUACCAGCGGGAGGGGAUCCAAUUCCUGUAUGAACAUUAUCGCCAGGGUCAAGGGGCCAUCCUAGGGGAUGACAUGGGGCUCGGGAAAACCAUCCAGGUGAUUGGCUUCCUGUCUGCGUUGCUGGGUAAGAAAGGGAACCGUAUCGACAUCAUGAGGCAGAAGCCCGGCUUUAUCAGACAGCUUUCUGACACAGCCAGUGUGCGUGAGGAUCCUCCGUGUAAAGGCCCUUUCCUGAUCAUCGGGCCUGGCUGUGUUCUCUAUAACUGGCUUGAGGAACUCGGCACAUGGGGAUACUUCUCUGUCAGGAAAUACCAUGGAGCGGACAAGGCUGAGUGCCUGAAGGAUUUGAGACGAGGAAAGGUGGAGAUUGUAGUCACCACAUUUGAGACUUUCCGUGACCACCAGGAGAGCCUCAACGCGGUAGAUUGGAAGGCAGUGAUAGUGGAUGAAGUACAUAAAAUAAAGGACCUAAAAGCGCAGGCUACCCAGGCACUGCGGAAGGUGACGACACCAUGUCGGUUUGGGCUCACGGGCACUGCCCUGCAGAACAAUCUCACAGAGUUCUACAGCAUCCUUGACUGGGCUCGACCAGGUUGCCUGGGUCGGCUGACAGACUUUGAGCGGGAUUUUGUGAAGCCCAUGGAGCUAGGUCAGCGACAUGACGCUAACAAACGGGAGCUCGCGCUGGCUAGGAAACGGAAGGAGAAACUGGCCGAGGUUCGGAAAGGCAUGAUGAUUCGCAGAAUGAAAACACUGAUAGCUGACCAGCUCCCAAAGAAAGAUGACCGUGUCGUUUUCUGUCGUCUGUCAGGGCUUCAGACAAGCAUCUACCAGACGAUCCUGUCCCAGCCCCACAUGGAACUGGUGCUGCACAAGGACGACCCUUGUGGAUGUGACAGUGGACAACCACAGAGCAAAUGCUGCAAACAGAAAACAGGUGAUGGUUACUCGAUCCAGUCCCUUAUGUUCACGUUCAUGCAUCUGUUGUUGAAGACCUCUAACCAUGUGGCAUUGUUGAUUCCAAGGGAGAGAACCAGUGAGCAGCAGGCAAGGUUAGCUCGCACCAUUUGUAAGGCUGCCCUUAAGGACCACCCUGAGUUUGUGUCUCAGACCAAGGAGGCUUCUUUCAAAACCCUCUCAGACCCAAAGUAUUGUGGGAAAAUGAAGGUUUUACAAGGCCUUCUGAAGGUGUUCAACAAAGAAAAAAGCAAAGUUCUUGUCUUCUCUUACUCGACUCAGGUUCUGGACAUUAUAGAGCAGUACAUGAUGACCACAGGUUAUGAGUACCGGCGGAUUGAUGGGUCUGUCUCCUGUAAGAAACGGAUGGUGGUUGUCAGAGAGUUCAACAAAGAUCCAAACAUCUUCAUCUGCCUCAUCUCCACAAAAGCUGGUGGCCUUGGCCUGAAUCUGACUGGAGCCAACCGCGUGCUGAUAUUUGACCCCAACUGGAACCCCACCCAUGACUUGCAGGCCCAGGACCGAGCGUACCGCCUCGGGCAGCAACGAGAUGUGCAGGUGUUCCGUCUUGUUUCCACGGGAACUAUAGAGGAAAACAUGUACCUUAGACAGAUAUACAAACAGCAACUUUUAAAUGUUACUGUGGAAGACGGAAAUGCCCGUCGCUACUUCUAUGCAGUACAGGGCAGCCGACACCAGAAGGGCGAGCUGUUUGGGGUGAAGAAUAUGUUCUCCCUUCGCACCGGCGAUGCUUGCUUCACACAUGACAUACUCAAGCGUACAGAGCGUGUGGAGAAUGCAUUGGUGGGGUUUGACACCGUCCGCUACACACCACCUGUCCCACGGCUAGAUGAGGAUGAGGAGUACAAUGAUGUCAUCACAGACAACGGUCUCCAUAGCGAUGAUGUCCUGCAGCAGUUCUUCUCUACAGAAGAUUCAGAUUCUGGCAUUGACAAUGUGGAAAUAAUGGAUGAGGUGGAGGAUAGGGAGAGGGAGAGUUGCAAACAACCGCGGAAGAAAAAGCUGCUCAAACCCAGGUCAAGAAAGAGAAUCGACAUAGAUGACAGUGAAUCUGACAGUUCAGAGCCAGCUGCAGAUAGUGUUGAUGGUUAUGUGCAGCCGGGAAAGGUCAAGUUGAAAUUCAGGGAGCCAGAAGGAGGGAAAGUGAAGCCCUCUGAGAGUCGAACAGGGAAAGGGCCGAUGAGAAAAGAAACAAAGACUCGGACAAAAAGUGACAAGAAGGAAUUUGAGGUGGAUCAGACACUGGUAGGAACGCUGGCCAAUGUCUCAGAUGUGUUCGACAACUGUGGAGUAGUCCAUGUCCAUGAAAACGUACGUGUGGUCGGGGGUAGCCGGGCAGAGGACCACAUGUCACGGUGCGCCAUCUCAGACGUGUAUGAGCUCCACCAGAACUCUCAGGACCUCGCUGUACAGUGUGAACUUCUACCUCAGUCAAGUGACAAGGAAGAAAAGCCAGCCCCACUUGGCCGUGGUCGGAAGCGAAGUGAACCAGAGGUUGGGCACAACACCUCAGGGUCAAAGGUCAUAGGCAGGGCCAAGGUCAUCAUAGGACAGACACCCAGGGCCAUUAGACUGAAGCAGAUGGAGGCAAUGUGCAAGUUCCAUACCGCCGGUUCCUUGUUGGACUUUGCUUGCCUGGUUCUCGGCUCCAGUGUACAGGAGAGGGUCCAGCUGCUCUCCCGCUACUACCUGGACCAGGAACCAGAACUACAGCAGGUGUUGGAUGACUGGCGUCAUGACAACACAGUAAACCAAGAGAAGACAGAGAAGACUGAGAAGAAAAUGAAAAACGUGGUCAAGAAGAAAGCUGCUAGGAGAGAGCCAGUCCAGAGAAGGCCAGCAAAAAGAAAGGCUGUCCAGAGCAUCUGCUUCCUGGAUGAUGUGGAAAUGGAAAGUGAAUCUCCAAGUCUGGUGCAAGACAUUGACGGAAAUGUGGAUAGUGAUAUGGAAGGUGAUGAUGUUGGGGACGCUGAUAUGGAGGUGGGUAGAAAGGUUACUCCAAGGAAGAGACUCAGGACUGUGACUGUUAAACAGAAAACGAGGGCAGGGAGAGGUAAACAUGUGCCCGAGAUGCCCAGCUAUUUGGUAGAUAACAAUGGUGAAAGUCAAGUUAAAGCAAGUCAAGUAUUUAAAAAAAGGAGACCAAGAAAACUGAUAAAGCAAGAAAGUUCUGAAGAGUCUGACCUCCUCACUGAGCUAGAAAAGCAGCAAGUUGACAUGGAGCACAAAAACAGGUCUGAUGAUUAUCAUGAAACUGCUAAACUUAACAAAAAUAGAGACAUAAGUUCAAAACCAAACUCCUCGUUUUUGGACGACCUGUUCUCAAGUUUUGAAACUACAUCUCCAAAACACAAACCACCACCUAAGAGUAAGGUAAAGUCACCGGUGAAAAAGAAAUCGGACAUUGUCUGUGGUGAUGAUGAUGAUGACUGUAAACCAGAUGGAAUAUUUGACCCGUUUAAAGAAAUUGAUGAAAUAUUCACUGAUAGUGCCAAAUCUCAAACAGAGGAAGAGGUUCAUUUGGACAGAAGUACGCUGAAGGAUGAUAAUAUGGAUUGUUUAGAUGAUCCGAGACUUUGGAAGCGACGGAAGGUGGUGCCAUCUCAUAGGAGACGUAAUCUCGUGGACAGACUGAUUGCUGACAGUGAGGCAGAGUAUAAGGAACUGUUUGCCGAUGGAAAACUUAAGAAAAAACAAGGGGCAGAGAACUCCCUCAAGUCUCGGUCCACCUUUGAUGGCUCACAGAGCUUGUUUAGUUAGUGAAGAAAUGAAAGUUAUGUGAACACCCACAUGACAUGAACGUUAUAUGAACACACACAGUGACAUGAGCGUUAUAUGAACACACACAGUGACAUGAGCGAUAUAUGAACACACACAGUGACAUGAGAGUUAUAUGAACACACACAGUGACAUGAGCGAUAUAUGAACACACACAGUGACAUGAGCGUUAUAUGAACACACACAGUGACCUGAGCGUUAUAUGAACACACACAGUGACCUGAGCGUUAUAGUGACAUGAGCGUUAUAUGAACACACAUAUGAACAUACACAGUGAAAUGAGCGUUAUAAGAACACACACAGUGACAUGAGCGUUAUAUGAACACACACGGUGACAUGAGCGUUAUAUGAACACAUAUAUGAACACACACAGUGACAUGAGCGUUAUAUGAACACACACAGUGACAUGAGCGUUAUAUGAACACAUAUAUGAACACACACAGUGACCUGAGCGUUAUAUGAACACAUAUAUGAACACACACGGUGACCUGAGCGUUAUAUGAACACAUAUAUGAACACACACGGUGACAUGAGCGUUAUAUGAACACAUAUAUGAACACACACAGUGACCUGAGCGUUAUAUGAACACAUAUAUGAACACACACAGUGACAUGAGCGUUAUAUGAACACAUAUAUGAACACACACGGUGACAUGAGCGUUAUAUGAACACAUAUAUGAACACACACAGUGACCUGAGCGUUAUAUGAACACACACAGUGACAUGAGAGGGCAUGAUGAUGUUCAUGUAAAAGACAGUUUUGAAACUAUUCUUAUUGAUUUUUAAACUGAAUUUAGUUUAAUUUUAAAGAAAACCAUUUAUACAAUUGAAUGAUAUUAAUGUGAAUUUUAUGGCAUCUUUAUUUUAGGCAUGUUUUUGCUGAAAAACUUUUGUUGUAGUGCUUUGUUCUUUUGUAAUGAUUGACUAUAUACUGAGAAUACUUAGCUGUAAAAUUGAUAAAUGCAUUAUCAAAAAUAAAAAAGGAUUGUGUUUCUUUAUAUCAUUUAACAUUUUAGUUUUAAGUCAUCUAAGAUCUCAGAUAUUCAAUGGUUUCAAUUGAAUUCUACAUCGGAUGUUAAUGUGAAGCUAUAAAAUCUAUUUGAGCGCUGACGGCUUUGUAAUACUCCCAUAGCAAACAGUACUUAAAGCGUGACAAAUGCGUACUGAUUUUAAGCCUUGUACAGUGUGGGGGUGAGUUAAAACCUGAUACCCUUACUGCAAUUCACUGCUGGCCCAUCCAUAUACAAUAUAUCCAUUUCUAAAUACUCCAAAGUUACUUUGUAACUUGUAAGUAAAUAUUUCUUUAAGAUCUGUCACCAAAAAAGGUGGUAGUGUAUAUCUGCUAAUUCAUGUACACGUUUUUGGAUGCUAUGUUAUAAAUUCUAAUUAAAGUGAAACAAUUGUUUAGUUUUGUAGAAAUAAGUUUUUUUAACAUGAACACCAAGAUUUCAAACCAUGACCAAGUAUUUUAAACAUAACCAAUAUUACACAAUUUGAAACAUAUUUAUUAAUUAGUCUAGUCAGAUGUUUAUGUUUUAUUUAACAUAACAGUUCACAAAAUAGUUUGUAUAAAAACAUCAUGGUUCAACAAACAGAACAUUCGAUAAAGCAAAUCAUGUAGAUAUAGUGCGUACGUUAUUCGAUUAAAAGUAAUUUAGCACCCUGCUAAAACACGCACAAUGAUAUUUAUAGAUUGUUAAAUGAUUUGGAAGAAUGCAUAUGUUUUCAUCUAUAUUAUAUCCGGUUUUUGAAGUUGUUUUUUGAAAGGUUUAUAGGAGUUCUUGCUGCCUGACGUGUAUUAUACAGCCUGACGUGUAUUAUACAGCCUGACGUGUAUUAUACAGCCUGACGUGUAUUAUACAGCCUGACGUGUAUUAUACAGCCUGACGUGUAUUAUACAGCCUGACGUGUAUUAUACAGCCUGACGAUGCUGCCCAGAACUCUACUGAUAUGUGCACUAUGCAGUUGCGCAUUUGCAAUGCUGACAGAGCCGAGCGGUUGCGGGUCUGAGUUCGGAUGCUACUCUUCCGGAUGUGACGGGGAUGCGUGCGACUUUGUGAUCACGUGGUUGGACGGGGGCGGAGCGACCGUGGAUUUCUCCCUUCAUCUAAACCUGGACAAAC